GCAGCUCCGGCACCUGGCUCAGGUGACGGGCGGGCGGCGGCGGGAGGAAGGCGGGGGCAGCGGCAGAGGAAGCGGCCCCGAGGAGGAAGCGGCGCCAGCAUGUCCGCCUCGGCAGUCUUCAUCCUUGACCUGAAAGGCAAGCCACUGAUCAGUCGCAAUUACAAGGGAGAUGUGAACAUGUCGGAGAUCGAUCAUUUCAUGCCGCUGCUGAUGCAGAAGGAGGAAGAAUGUGCCCUGACGCCCCUCCUGUCCCGUGGGAAGGUCCAUUUUCUCUGGAUCAAGCACAGCAACCUCUACUUGGUGGCCCUCACUGCGAAGAAUGCCAAUGCCUCCCUGGUGUAUUCUUUUCUCUACAAAGUGGUAGAGGUCUUUUCUGAAUAUUUCAAAGAGUUGGAGGAAGAGAGCAUUCGUGACAACUUUGUCAUUGUGUAUGAACUACUAGAUGAGCUGAUGGAUUUUGGGUUUCCCCAGACUACAGACAGUAAAAUACUGCAAGAAUACAUCACUCAGCAGGGCAACAAGCUGGAGACGGGCAAAUCCCGUGUCCCGUCCACUGUCACCAAUGCAGUUUCAUGGAGAUCGGAGGGCAUCAAAUACAAGAAGAACGAGGUCUUCAUCGAUGUCAUUGAAUCAGUCAAUCUGCUGGUCAAUGUCAAUGGGAGCGUCCUGCUGAGUGAGGUCGUGGGCUCCGUCAAGCUGAAGGUGUUCCUCUCGGGCAUGCCAGAACUGCGCUUGGGCCUCAACGAUCGGGUGCUCUUUGAACUCACGGGACGUGGAAAAAAUAAAUCUGUGGAGUUGGAGGAUGUCAAGUUCCACCAGUGUGUGCGACUCUCACGUUUUGACAAUGACCGCACUAUCUCCUUCAUCCCACCAGAUGGAGAUUUUGAGCUUAUGUCCUACAGGCUGAACACGCAGGUGAAGCCUCUCAUCUGGAUUGAGUCAGUUAUUGAGAAGUUCUCUCACAGCCGAGUAGAGAUUAUGGUUAAGGCAAAGGGCCAGUUCAAAAAGCAGUCGGUGGCUAAUGGUGUCGAGAUAGCUGUACCAGUCCCGAGCGAUGCGGAUUCCCCCAAGUUCAAGACCAGCAUCGGCAGUGCGAAAUACCUGCCGGAGAAGAACGUUGUCAUCUGGAGUAUCAAGUCCUUCCCAGGUGGUAAGGAAUAUUUGAUGCGAGCCCACUUUGGCCUACCCAGUGUUGAAAACGAGGAGCUGGAGGGUCGUCCACCCAUCUCCGUCCGGUUUGAGAUCCCUUACUUCACAGUCUCUGGGAUUCAGGUGCGGUACAUGAAGAUCAUAGAGAAGAGUGGGUAUCAGGCUCUGCCUUGGGUCCGCUAUAUCACCCAGAGUGGGGAUUAUCAACUCCGGACACAUUAGCCUUGACGUCUUACAGACUUGGACAGCUCAAAAAUUGGAUGCCUAGAGAACUUUAUGAUCUGCAGAUGCCUCCUGUAAAGCACACUGUGUGUGUGUUCUUCUAAAAUGUUAUCCUGUUCUUUUCUUAGCCUAUCAGCAAUUUAACUAGGUAGCAGUUUUUUGACUACUCUGCCUGAAGGGAAAACGAGGGCCCUGUUCUUCUUGAGGCGCUACUUCUCUGCCUGAACUGGAAUUGCUUCUGGUGAAAUAUCAGCACACUCUGCCUUGCCAAGGCUCUCUGGUGGAAAACUUCCUGGAACAUCUGUCCUCUGGAGGAUAUCAUAGAAUAAGGACAGACACAACUCCCUCAGCUGUGCUCUUUUGUUCUGAAGGUUUGAUCUGGCAGCCCAGCUAAAAGGGGAUCAGUUCUGCCCUCCCUUGGAGGUGGUGAAUAGGAGAGAAUUUAGCCCAGUGGAAGCUGGAACCAGUUUCCCAUGAUUGUAUGGAAUCCUUUUUUGGUGCAGGGUGAACGAGAGAUGGGGACGGCACAAAGAACUGUGCCUAGAAGUCUGUACCGUCAGUUCAUGCAUGGAUUUUCUGGGAAAUUAUUCCUGGUUUUUCUCCACUUCUGUACAAUGUGAACAGAAACUGCCUACUUAUGAGAUAAUUGUGAAGAAGAGUGAGACAGGUUACUACUUUUUCCUUCUCUUUAUAUCGUGAUAAAUUAUAAAUGCAAGUGAAAUCAAUAAAUUGUAAUAGGGUCAUAUACAUCACUGUACACAUCAGUUCUUUUGUUCUGCUGUGCUCUCUCCAAUCACCUGAGCUCUGCUGCACAAUAGACUACAAAUGUUGUUGGUUAUUCUAGCAGCUGUGUUGGCCGUUUCCCACAAAUCAAGCACUCCUUUGGUCACUGUGAGUCAGCUUGACAGAUGUCCGUAAACCCAAGGCUGUUUACUGAAUUUUUACUUUGUGUGCCAUCAAGUUGCAGCCAACUUAAUGGCACUCCUGUAGAGUUUUCAAGGCAAGAGGCGUUCAGAGGUGGUUUGGCAUUGCCUGCCCCUUGGCCUUUCUUGGUGGUGUCCCAUCCAAAUACUGACCAGGGCUGACCCUGCUUAGCUUCUGAGAGCUCACAAAAUUAGGUCUGGACCAGGUCCCGGCUGUCUUCUUACGAUAUGUUAUGUCAAAAUAAUAAAACAUAUUAAAUUUG